CGUCCGCCUUUGUGAGGGAAAGUGGUGGCGUGGAAGGUUCGCGAAGCCGCCGACGCCAUCGCGCCCCUCCGUCUCGGCUCUCCGCCUAUGGCGACCGGGGCUAACGCGACGCCGCUGGGGAAACUCCAUCCGCCCCCGCCGCCGGGCAAGGCCGGCUAUCCGCUUCCUCCUCCCGGAUUAGUGAUGCAAGGCCCGCCGCCUCCGCCGCCACCUCCGGGCCCCGCGCAGGCCCAGCCUCAGCCGGCCAUCCCGAGCCUCAUGGCGGCCGCCGGGUUUCCCUUCGCCGCGCUGCCUCCGCCUCCUCCUCCACCGCCGCCUCCGCCGCCGCCUCAGCAGCCGCAGCCGCCCCCGCAGCAGCCUCAACCGCCGCCUCCGCCUCCUCCGCAGGCCCAGCAGCCUCAACCGGCCCAGUACGGCCAGUACCGCUUCCCUUCGCCCCCGCCGCCCCAGCAGCCCAUGGGCCUCGAGCCGCAGCCGCCGCCCCAGCACCUCCACCUUCUCCAGCAGGACGACGGCGGCCAGGCCGGGGCAGGCAACUCAGAUUACCCUAAUAAAAAGAGGAAGAGGAGCCGGUGGAAUCAAGACACCAUGGAACAGAAGACCAUCAUCCCUGGCAUGCCCACCGUCAUCCCUCCUGGGCUCACCCGGGAACAAGAAAGAGCUUACAUAGUGCAACUGCAGAUAGAAGACCUGACUCGUAAACUGCGCACAGGAGACCUGGGCAUCCCCCCUAACCCUGAGGACAGGUCUCCUUCCCCCGAGCCAAUUUACAAUAGCGAGGGGAAGCGCUUGAACACCCGGGAAUUCCGCACACGGAAGAAGCUCGAAGAGGAGAGGCACAAUCUGAUAACGGAGAUGGUGGCUCUCAAUCCAGACUUCAAGCCACCGGCUGAUUACAAACCUCCAGCAACUCGGGUGAGCGAUAAGGUGAUGAUUCCGCAGGAUGAAUAUCCUGAGAUUAACUUUGUUGGGCUUCUGAUUGGACCCAGGGGUAACACACUGAAGAACAUAGAGAAAGAGUGCAAUGCCAAGAUCAUGAUCAGGGGUAAAGGAUCCGUGAAAGAAGGGAAGGUCGGGCGGAAAGAUGGCCAGAUGUUGCCUGGCGAAGAUGAGCCACUGCAUGCUUUGGUCACGGCCAACACGAUGGAGAAUGUGAAGAAGGCUGUGGAACAGAUCAGGAAUAUUCUGAAGCAAGGCAUUGAGACCCCCGAGGAUCAGAACGACCUGCGCAAGAUGCAGCUGCGGGAGCUGGCACGCCUCAACGGGACGUUGCGGGAAGAUGACAACAGGAUUCUACGUCCAUGGCAAAAUACGGAGACUCGCAGCAUCACAAAUACCACCGUGUGCACCAAAUGCGGAGGAGCCGGACACAUAGCAUCAGACUGCAAAUUCGCCCGGCCUGGCGAUCCCCAGUCAGCACAAGACAAAGCCCGCAUGGACAAGGAAUAUUUGUCUCUGAUGGCUGAACUGGGAGAAGCUCCAGUCCCAGCUUCCGUGGGAUCCUCUUCCGGGCCGUCGAACUCUCCCCUGUCCAGUGGCCCCAGGCCAUCGGGCCCAGGAAACAGCCAGCCGCCUCCUAACCGUCCGCCCUGGAUGAAUUCCGGCCCUUCGGAAAACAGGCCCUUCCAUAACAUGCACGGGGGGAGUGGGAGCAGUGCCAGCAGCAGUAGCGGGGGGCCCACGGGCCCUAGCGGCCCCCACAAUUUCCCUCACCCCAUGUCGAGCAUGGGAGGACACGGGGGUCACCCCAUGCAGCACAACCCCAGCGGCCCCCCGCCUUGGAUGCAGCCUCACAACCCCCCCAUGAACCAGGGACCACAUCCCCACGGGCACCCUGGCCCCCACCACAUGGAUCAGUACCUGGGCAACGCGCCAGUGGGCUCUGGGGCCUAUCGCCUCCAAGGAAAAGGUAUGAUGCUGCCUCCGAUGGGUAUGAUGCCCCCUCCGCCCCCUCCACCCAGUGGCCAGCCUCCCCCGCCUCCCUCUGGUCCUCUCCCCCCAUGGCAGCAGCAACAGCAACAGCAGCAGCCGCCACCCCCGCCUCCCAGCAGCAGUACUCCCUUGCCAUGGCAGCAAAAUACGACGACCACCACGAGCGCUGGCACCGGGGGCAUCCCUCCAUGGCAGCAGCAGCAGGGGGCGGGGGCAGCAACUUCUACGGGGGGCCCUCAGAUGCAAGGCAGCCCCUCCAUGGUGCCUUUGCCUCCCGGGGUCCAGCCUCCGCUGCCCCCCGGGGCCCCGCCUCCUCCCCCGCCCCCCCCGCCUGGCUCCGCGGGCAUGAUGUACGCUCCUCCCCCUCCUCCGCCUCCCAUGGACCCUUCUAAUUUUGUCACCAUGAUGGGGGUGGGGGUACCGGCCUUGCCGCCCUUCGGCAUGCCCCCGGCCCCCCCACCGCCCCCUCCCCAGAACUGAAGAAUCAAAUUUUUUUCUAUACCAUUAUUCCCUCCCCCCCCUCCCACCAAUACAGAGCCAGGAAUUGGACUUGGGGUGUGUGUGACAUUUAAAGCAGGGAAGUUGUGCCCUUGUCUGUAUUUGGAGAGGCGUGGUGUGACUCCGAUCUCCUCCUCGGCUGAUUGACAGGUGUCUUUCGGGAGCCGAGCCGGCUUUUUCUGAACCACGUCCCCCUGUUCUCUCUCCUUUCAGAGGUUUCCCCCCUUCCCCCAGGCGGGGGAGAGACCCAGAAACUUGGGGGAAAUCUCCUGGCUGAAUGGAGAGGCUGUGGCUUAGGGGUUUUGGGGAAGGAUGGCAUUGGGGUCCUUUUUUUCAUUUCUUCUUGCCAAAUAGCCCUUUUAAUUUUUAGCCGCCUCUUUUGAGUUCUCUCUGCAGCCAUUUCCAUCCUCUGCUUUAAAACCCUCUUUCAAGACGUCCACGGAUGUGCAUGGAGGACACAUGCACCAAAUUGAGCAGGGGGUCUGUGUGUGUGUGUGUGAGUCAAGGGACAUGUUUCUCACCCCCCUACCCCCCAAAAAAAAGUCUUAGUCACUUCAGGCUGAAGGGAGUCUUUUAAAAUCCUCCCGAUUGAAAAACGAAGGCCGAGGAGGGAGAAUCUCGGCCUCUCCCCAAGUCCAAACUUCCUUUUCUUCUUUUUUACACAGCAAAAUUUUGUGGUCCGGGGUGACCCCUCCCCCCUGCCCUCCCUUGAUUGAAUGGCUUCUGUUGAAAACGACGUGUGUAUGUGGGUGUGGGUGUGUGUGGACGUCCCUGUCUCCUGUAACCAUUUUCUUAAUUGCCUUCUCCCCCCCCCCCUCCUGUGUGUGUGUAAGAAUAAAAUCCGAUGCAGAAAAGAGGAGGAGGUUCCAAAAUAAAUGCCGCUUUUAAAAUA